UGAAUGAAUACUAUUAUAUAAUCCGAUCCACAUCAUUAUCACCUGGUUCCAUAUUUGAAAGGAAUUCACCAAUGUACACUCAAGUCUAGAGACGUUCAUCACGUGCUGAUAACGAUAAGUCGAGAUUUGCGCAGACGGAAGAUCAAGAUAAUAUCGCCAUCGCCCACGUAUUUCUCUACCUUUUUGGAGCUCUCUCUCGAGAUCAAUUGCAAUAAUGACAACCCCUUUAAUCCUCCUCCCGGGCGACGACGUCCCAUCCGAUUACCUCCCCUCCAACUCCUCCGCUCCUCUGCGACUUGGUCCUGGACUGCGUCUCCUCUCUGAACAAGUACCUACCUCAUCCUCUGAAUCGUCAGGAAGCCAUGUGAUUACAGCGACUCAAGCCGGUCUUGUUUCGACAGAUGCCAAGAAGAACGGAGUAUCAAUUGCCUCGUUCCCUAACCGCCGCUAUAUCCCCACCACAAACGACUUAGUAAUUGCGCAAGUGCACCACUCCAGUGCCGAUUUUUUCCACUGCAUGAUCACGCCUCAAGCGCCUCAAGUCCUCCUACCACAGCUUGCAUUUGAAGGCGCGACGAAGAAGACCCGGCCGAUGCUCAAGGGUGGGGAUCUAGUCUAUGCCCGCGUGCUGUCAGUUGGUGUUGGUGCUGGUGCGGAAGUCGAGUUAACGUGUGUGAACCCUGCGACUGGGAAAGCUGAACCUGGGGGAUUGGGUCCGUUGACGGGUGGGAUGGUGUUUGACAUUUCCACGGGUAUGGCUGCGAGAUUGAUCCGGGCGAGUUCGUCCAAGGGAGACGAUGAGGACGGUGUCGAAGGAUUGGUUGUGCUAGAUGAAUUAGGGAAGAAGCUGGAGAGUGUUGGAGGUUUUGAGAUUGCUAUUGGGAGGAAUGGAAAGGUCUGGGUGGAUUCUUCGAAUGGAGGGGAUUCUGCUGUCAAGGCGACAGUGGCUAUUGGACGAUGCUUGACUAUGGUUGACGAGCACGAGCUUAACACGAUAGAUCAGAGGAAGCUGGUUACGAGGAUAUUACGAGAAAUGCGUGUUGAAUGAUAGCGUUGAAUACUUGAGGGAAUACCUUGUCGCUUUCUACUUUCUUUUCUAAGAGAAUACCUACACUGCAUAAUCAUUCCUGUACAAUCCAGAGCAUAGAAUGCACGAAGAAUGUGCCAACACCCAUAGAACUAACUCCUGUCAUAUGUACUGUCAUCUCGG